AUGGAGCAUAUGUGGACGCCAUUGAUCUUGCUGCAGCUGCUCCUAGCGGCAGCUGCAACAGCAGCCACCACCGCGACGACUGCUGGGUGUCGGCCGAGCUGCGGCGGCGUGGACAUCCCCUACCCUUUCGGCAUCGGCGUCGGCUGCUUCCGCAAGGGCUUCGAGAUCGAGUGCAUCAACAACAGCCCUGUGCUCGCCGGUACGUCUCUCCGGGUGGUUAAGCUGACGUUGGAUCCAGACCAGUCGCAGGUGAUGCUCCCCAUGGGGUGGCAGUGCUAUAACGCCUCCGACCCAGGUGACACCUACAGCAACUGGGACUAUGGAGAGACGACGAUGAACAAGGACGGCGUCUACCGCAUCUCCAACACGCACAACAUGCUCGUCGUCGUCGGCUGCAACACCUUCGGCUUCACGGCGAGCAAGAGGACCGAGGGUGGCACCGCCACUCACACCUACUACACUGGCUGCAUGUCCUACUGCAACAACUCGGCCAGUGCACAGGACGGCCUCUGCGACGGCGUCGGGUGCUGCCAUGUCAACAUCCCGCCGGGGCUCACCCACAACUUCUUCAACUUCCGGGAGUAUGACCACUCCGCCAUGAUGGACUACAGCCCGUGCGACUACGCCUUCCUCGUCGACAGGAACAACUACACCUUCCGACGGUCCCACCUCAAGAUGGACACAAAACGGACCUCGCCCGUGUGGCUGGACUGGGCCAUUCGCGGCAACGGCGACAGUAUACUGUCGUGCAAGCAAGCAGCCAAGACCGACCAGUACGCCUGUGUCAGCGCUCAUAGCGACUGCGUCGACUCCAUCAACGGGCCUGGCUACAACUGCAAGUGCUCCAAUGGCUACGAGGGCGACCCCUACUUGCCCAACGGAUGCACUAAUAUAGAUGAAUGUGCAGAUCCGGCCAAAUAUCCUUGCUAUGGUGUAUGCACGGAUACCCAAGGAUCGUACGACUGCAACUGUCGUCUAGGUUAUCGAAGCCAUGACCCAAGAACCGAACGAUGUACUGAAAAGUUCCCACUUGCCGCACAGAUUUCCGUAGGUGCAAUAAGUGGCAUUCUCGUCUUGGCACUUAUAAUAUUCGUUUAUGUUCUUCGCAAAGAGAGGCGGGAGGCCAGGGACUUUUACCGAAAGAAUGGUGGUCUUACAUUAAAGGAUGCUGCAAAUAUUAAGAUUUUCAAAAGGGGGGAGCUCAAAGCAAUUUUAAAGAGUCACAAUUUAAUUGGAAAAGGUGCCUUCGGUGAAGUUUACAAGGGUGAUAUUGAUGGAGCUCUAGUUGCGAUAAAGAAACCAAUUGGUGAUAAUGUGCAUGAGAACAAGCAAUUUCCAAAUGAAGUUAUUAUCCAGUCUCAGGUCAUGCAUAGGAAUAUUGUAAGGCUUAGAGGUUGUUGCCUUGAAGUGGAUACCCCCAUGCUAGUGUACGAAUUCAUCUCCAAUGGAAGCUUGGAAGACUUUCUUCACAAGGAUAAAAGCAAGCUUCUCAACUUGGACGUACGUCUAAGUAUUCUUCAAGAAUCAGCACAUGGUCUAUCUUAUAUGCACUCACAAACCCACACCAAAAUCUUACAUGGCGAUGUUAAACCAGCAAACAUUCUCUUGGAUGAAAAGUUUACGCCGAAGAUCUCAGAUUUUGGCAUAUCAAGGUUGAUUGCAAAAGACAAGGAACAGACUGCCAACAUCAUAGGUGACAUGACUUAUAUGGAUCCAGUAUACCUAAAGACAGGCCGAUUGACCGACAGAAGUGAUGUCUAUAGUUUUGGGGUUGUCAUUUUAGAACUCAUUAGCAGGAAGAAGGCCACUCACUCUGACAAUAAUAGCUUAGUGGGCAGCUUCCAAGAGUGUCAUCAAAGAGGGGAGACAGCCCUGAAGUUGUUUGAUCCAGAAAUUGCAACAACAGGCAAUUUCGAAAUUCUUGACAAGCUAGCAAAGAUUGCUAUGGAGUGUCUUCAUCUUGAUGUGGAUCAAAGGCCAUCAAUGACAGAUGUUGCAGAGCGCCUUCUCAUACUGCAUAGGUCCCGUAAGCUGUAG